AUGAAGGGGUUGAAUGGUGGUAGCGGUGGCAAUUUGCCAGAGGAUGUGUUGGAGUACCUGACCACCUGCAAUGGCGACGAUUCGGAUGACGACAACCAUAGCCAUCAUAGUAGGCACAGUAGUAGAAGACUCGCCGGCAAUGACGCCGAACAAGAAGAGCAGAAGAAGGCAAAGACAAAGAGAAAAGGAAAAAGAGUUGAAACACAAGAAGGAAAAGUGCGGCACAGGUGUCGUGCUGCAGCAGCGACUUCCUGCUCCUCCCUCGUUGGGACGUCAGAGGGAUGUGACGGCCGCAUCGAGGCGGCGGCUGGAGCAUAUAGUGUACGACCGGAACGGAGGUCGAGCAGUGCGAGCUUUGCUAGCACUGGUGACGACGAUGUUUCAUCAUCCGGCUCGGUUACCACCAAAGAAGAGAGUGAAGAGACACCAACCGAUAGUAGAGGUGAGCUGCCUGCCGUUGUCGCCGAGCUAGUCGAUGAAAACGAGUCUGAAGCUGCUCGACAGGAGAUUGAUCGACUCAAAGAAGCUUGA